CCGUUUCAGUGACAUCGUCUUAGUUAUUACCGCUCCAGUGACAUUGUCUCAAUUACUACCGCUCUAAUGACACUCCCGUGACACCGUCUCAGUUACUACCUCUACAGUGACAUCAUCUCAGUAACUAUCACUAUCGUGACACUGUCUCAGUUACUACCUAUAGUGACUGUCUCAGUUACUACCGCUACAGUGACAUCAUCUCAGUUAUUACUCUUUUUCAGUUACCACCGUCCUAGUUACUACCGCCCCGGUGACUAUCCCGACAAGUAAUAUGACCAAUUUGAUCGGUGACCAACCCAACAAAUGACCUCCGUCCACCGCCCCACCCCGGUGACCUCCACCACCCCACCCCGGUGACAUCCACCGCCCCACCCCGGUGACCUCCACCGCCACCAACCACCACACCCACCACCCUUAGUGACCACCCAUGCCCCAACCCCCAGCACCCCCACCACAACGUCCCAACCAUGCCCUACCACUACCCCACCCCCAACCGUGUGAAAUCUAGCGGCCACUGUUGAGAGUUUUACAAUGUUGACUGCCGUUCAUUGAAUUGAAAACUCGGCCCGCCAUUGUCAGUUCCCGACCACACUCCUACCACCGGCCUGCCGAUUCCCUUCCGCCGACCAGCACCGCCCAGCCACAGGCAGAAACUCUAGCUGCUGGGAAUCAGAUCUGGAAAGGUAGCCACCAACCGAAAUUAAACCAUAGAUGCUGCAACAACAAAGCCCUAGUCACCGCGAUAGUCUGAAUCUACUAAAGAGCAACCCUAGCGACGAUUGUGAAGGCUCUAAAUCAAAUACAAUGACGGAUGUAGCCGAGGUGUACCAAAGCGGAGACCAUCACCAAGCUCCAAAUCUGGUCUUCGUUGGUUUCCGUGUUGGGAGGGCUGCGGUAGAAUUGCGGGCGAGAAGAAUGGAAACUAAGAAUGGAGAAGUUGCAGCAGACGAGGGAAGCUCAUCAACAGAGCAACAUCGGCGCGGAGAGGCAAAGAUGACUCUCUUUCUCGGUGUCUCGGCAGCGGCGGCUAUUUUCAUAUCGAGCAACGAAGAGAGGCUUGGUUAGGAAUGAAGAUGAUGUGAUGAAUGUCUGACGCGUUGAUGAGUAAAAGAAAGAGACACAAGGACGUUUGGUUAGGGCAUUUUAGGCUUUUCAAACAUUUUAACUCACUUUUUUGUCCCAAACGAGAAUUGGUCUCGUUCUUGGCAAUUGAAAAGUCUACGCUAAUAUUGUUGUCAUUCUUUCCUUAUAAAUCAAUAAAAUCAUAUUAAACUUCCA